AUGGAGGCUAGCAGCUCCAACAAAAAAAUAUCAAAAGUGAAAAUAAAGCAGAACUAUUGCAAAUAUUGCAAGAAAACCGUCAUAGGCAACGCUUACAAGUUCAAAAGGCAUUUAUUCAAACACGACGCCGUCAAAGCAAGGUACAAUUGCGAUAUUUGUUUGAAAAAAUUCUUUCGCUCCGACGCAUUCAAAAUACAUAUGAACCACCACAAUGGCGUAGCUCCACAAAAGAUGUACACGUGCGAUCACUGCGAACGAACGUUCGUUAUAAAAAACAAUUUAAUAUCGCACUUAAAGAGGAUACACGACGAAAACAUUGACUCCGAACUAGGUAAGUUCGUGUGCGACGUAUGUAAGCUCAGCUUCUGCGAGCAACGUACGUUAACACGUCACAUAAUCAAAAUGCAUUUCAAUAACAAAAGCAAAGAUCCGCUACAUAUCCGCAAGUCAAUCAACGAGACGUGGGUCGAGAAAGUCAACAAUAAAAACGCUCUCGUCAGCAUGACUAAAGUCAACACCAACGUCAUAAUCAUCAAACAAUUGAAGGUUGACGUCAAAGUUCUUGACGAAACAAACAUUGUAGAAUGUAAGACAGAUAGCAACGACCAGUAUUCCAAAGCAGUCUGUGAUUACUGCAAGAAAGAGAUGGUCAAAAAGAGUUUGCGGACACAUAUAAAAGAGGUCCACAUGGACAUUAGAAAGUUUAACUGCAAAAGUGAAACAAACUGUCACCCGCACCAUGCUACAGUGCACGAGCUGUAA